AGCCUAAUAAAGGAUGAAAAAAGUGGCAGCUGACGAUAAAACGGAAGAUAAAUGACGACCAUCCAGCCUGGCUGAGUUCAGAUGUGUGUUCUUCUCAGGAAGGUCGACGACUGAUGGCCAAACAAGUCCAGCAUUCUGGUCCCAUUGCUACCCUUCGUCUCCAAAUUCGCCUCGCCUCGUGCCCAUCCAGGCCCACCGUCCCUUUUUCAAGGCCUUCGGUUUUGGCCCUUUGUGGCUCGUCAGACUCAUAGCGUAACUCUUGGCUUUUUUUUAUCCUUUCAUCCUUUGAUUGAUUGCACUUGACCAUGUCCAUGAGGUAUAAGUUGAGGAGUAGCGUGAAGCAGGCCAAUCCCAAUCCUACGCCCACGCCCCCUCCCAAACAGACGUCUCCACCUCCUCGGGAUCUGGGGAGUGAGAGCGACGCCUCACAAGGCGGUCAUUAUUGCUCUCCGCCCAAGAAACCCCGGGUGGUUCGUCGUCGCAAGAAGACCGCUUUUUAUCAUCAUCAUGCGGUCCACCCGUCGUUAACGAAUGCAAGUGCUCAGGGCGAGGAGGGUCCGGCCCGUUGUUCUACGGUCAAAAUCACGGAUCUGCCGCAAGAAGUGCUCCUGCACGUGAGCUCGUAUCUGGAUGCCCAGACCUUGCUGGCCUUGUUCCAAACCAAUCGAUGGUUCCACAACAUGCUUGCCCAUUGCAAUCCGUUCUGGAAGUUCAUCUGCGCCAAAGAGGAGCUGGCCAAUUACCAAUGCUUGUUGAGUGAGGACGAGGACAAAGAGGAGCAGGACUCAGAGGAGCCGCAGCCCGUCAAAUUGGGAUGGCGUGGACGGCCGAUGCGGGUGAGUCCCAAUCCCGAGUAUCCCUAUUGGCGGCGAGUGUUCUUGAAAGGUCUGCAGAUGCGGCGAAAUAUCUGGCAGAGCAAUUAUGAAGGCUGGCGGAUCUACGCCAACGCCAAUGUGCCCGUGACCAAGCUCACCCCCGAUUUGGAUCUGAAUCAGGUUAAGAUACAAAUGGGCAAUUACCCGAAAUUGUCAGAAAACGACGACCUUAAGAUCGAUUGGGACGAUAAAUACCUGGUCGUGUUCCAUUUCUUUCGCGGUGAGGGCGAAUCCUGCGCCAUUCAGUUAUGGGACAUUGCCGAGGAACCGCGAUUCCAAUAUCAAGUGUCCAAGGGUCUGGAGUGCAUCACGGACAAGGUGUCAGUUGUGAACGAUCACGUGGUGAUUGUGCCCUCGUGGCCAUUGGAGGCGCAGGCUGUGAUUAUGACCCUGGAUAUUAAGAAUCAGAUGUCAGAGGUGGGCAAGUUCAUCUUCCAAGAGGAGGAGAAACGUGCCGCCCUCGACGAGCAGUGGGAACACACCCAAUUGCGCGUCAUCAAAAACGAGGCCAUGGUUGCCUGUCGAUGUCCGGAUUGGCAUCUGGUCGUGGUUGACCUGCCCUCGUGCAAGCCCAGUUUUGAGGUCAGCCUCUCUCAGAUUGCCACGGGCUACGAUUGUCAGCAUAUACGAUCCUACAAGCAAACGGCCAUGAUCUUGUUCUCACGGAAGAGCAACGACUCGGCCAAUAUCCUCGUCACCGUUGAUGUCAAUGGAAAAGACACGAAAGUCCGAUCCAUUCAUCAUUGCUUUGAUGUGGCCGAUGUGGCUCUCUUCACGGACCCGGAGGAGGUGUACAUCAUGAAACGCAACGGCGAUGUCGUCCAGUUCGAUGCCAACCUCAAGACUGAGACCAUCAAAAUUGCCAACGAGGAAGCCUCGGCAGUCAUGCAGCCCAUCAUACCGGUCAAUGAGAGCCACGCCAAUUCGAAUCAUCCCGCUCCAGGUCCUCACGCCCCCAACGCUCCUCACGCCCCUCAUAACACCAACGAAUACCAGUUGUUUGUGAAUCGCAAAGAGCAGAUCUGUGUGAUGCAGAGCGCACCCGAGGUCCCCCAGGGCCGUCAUAUUAAAGUGUAUACGUACAGUGAGCACAAACUUUAUACCAUCAACUUGGACCUGUGUCGUUUCGGCAUUUCCCGAGACGAAUCCAUUUGCAUCUACACCAAUGGAGCGUUUUUGGCAGCAGCGGACUCGAAAAAGUUUACCAUGUUCAAUGUCAAAACAGGCAAGUAUUUGGGCUCCAUCCAGAUCCCGGUUCAUUUGGAGCGAACCAAGGGCAAAGAGGAGAAGGACUGCAUGUUUGAGCAAACGGGCUUGAGUUUGUUCAUCUUUGAUGAGGACAAACUCAUGGCGGUCCAUGAUUACGAACGGAGUUUUCCGGCUGUUUUGGAUAUCUACAAGUUUUGGUAAAUUUUGAGGAGGCCUUUUCAUAUAUAUAUAUAUAUAGGAGGACCUUUCUUUGAAGUCGGAUCAAGAUUUUAAACAAGAUUAGUGGUGAUUUAGUCGACCCAUAUGAAUAUGACAAGUUCAUGCCGGCGUUUAUCGCAAUGAUGUUGGCCAUUCUGGACCGCAUACUCAAUGUGUAUGUUCUUUACAAUCAUUUACCAAGCAGUUUGUUAAAUACAGCCCUGACACUGUGCGUGCUAGAAUCUCUUUCUCUCCCAUGAGUAUCAAUAAAUCCUUGAUUGAUGACCGAAA